CUGCCGCCGCCCCACCCCCGAGCGCCGUCCCGCCGGAGGGGCCUGUCUCCGCCCCCUCGCUCCUCACGCCCUUAUUUAACUCCGCCGCGCAACAGGGGGAGCGGCUCACUCCGCCGUCCCGCCGCUCGUCUCCUCGCGCCGCACCGGGUCUUCCCCCUCCGUCACGAUGCGCUCGGGACUGCUGCUGCCUUUGGCCCUGGCUCUGUGGGUCAGCGUCUCUUGGGCUGCCACUCGGACCCCUUACCAGCAGAUCUUGCAUCACAGCCGGCUCCGGGGCAGGCAUCAAGGUCCCAAUGUGUGUGCUGUGCUGAAGCUCAUGGGAACAAACCAGAAAUACUUGCCAAACUGCAAAAUGUGGUACCAUAGGAAAAUCUGCGGCAAAUCAACAAUGAUUACCUACGAAUGUUGUCCAGGAUAUGAAGAAGUUCCAGGGGAAAAAGGCUGUCCAGCUGCUUUGCCUCUUUCCAACCUGUACGAAACACUUGGAACUGUUGGGGCCUCAACCACACAGCUCUACUCUGCCAGCUCUAACCUGAGUGCUGAAAUCACAGGCCCUGGAAGCUACACAAUCUUUGCCCCAACCAAUGAAGCCUGGGCAUCCUUGCCUGCCGAAAUGUUGGAUUCUUUGGUGAGCAAUGUUAACAUUGAGCUAUUAAAUGCUCUUCGCUACCAUAUGGUGAAUAAACGAGUUCUUACGGAUGAUCUGAAACAUGGAACAACUCUCCCUUCAAUGUACCAGAAUAUUGAUGUACAGAUCCAUCAUUAUCCAAAUGGAAUCGUGACAGUGAACUGUGCUAGGUUGUUGGAGGCUGACCAUCACGCCACCAACGGAGUGGUCCACCUGAUAGAUAAAGUCAUUUCCACAACAACAAACAGCAUCCUUCAAGUUGUUGAGCUUGAAGAGAAUCUUGAAACCCUAAGAACUGCUGUGGCAGCUGCUGGUCUCGACAGUCUUUUGGAAAGUGAAGGCCAGUUUACAUUGCUGGCUCCAACCAAUGAAGCUUUUAAGAAGAUCCCACCAGAAACCCUAACCAGGAUCCUAGGAGACCCAGAAGCUCUGAAAGACCUGCUGAGCAACCACAUCUUGAAAACAGCCAUGUGUGCAGAAGCCAUUAUUGCUGGUUUAUCAAUGGAAACACUGCAGGGGAACAUGCUGGACGUAGGCUGCAAUGGCGACGAACUGACUCUUAAUGGAAGGCCCAUCAUUGCUAACAAGGAUGUCAUCGCGACCAAUGGCGUGAUACACUUUGUCAACGAAUUACUCAUCCCAGACUCUGCUAAAACUUUGUUGGAGCUCGGGCAGGAUUCCGACGUUUCAAAGGCUAUGGACCUUUUUAGACGAGCUGGCCUCAGUUCGCAUCUCACUGGAAAUGAGCGGCUGACAGUUCUUGCCCCCAUCAAUUCUUUCUUCACAGAUCAGACUCCUACACCAGGCAGGAACGUGCUCCGGGAUCACAUUAUUAAAGAGCAGCUUUCCUCUAAAUACCUUUUCCAUGGACAGAAACUAGAAACUCUGAGUGGCAAGCAGCUGAGAGUAUUUGUGUACCGCAAUACUCUCUGCAUCGAAAAUGCCUGCAUUGCUGCCCACGACAAAAGAGGAAGAUUUGGAACCUUGUUCAGUAUGGAAAAGUUGGUGACUCCCCCUCUUGGCACCGUUAUGGAUGUGCUCAAAGCGGAUGAUCGUUUCAGCACUCUAGUGGCUGCCAUCCAGUCUGCAGGCCUCACAGAAACGCUGAACAGGCCAAGGUCCUUCACAGUCUUCGCACCAACAAACGAAGCCUUCCGAGCCAUGCCACAAGGGGCGCUGAACAAACUUAUGGGUAAUGCUAAAGAACUUGCCAGCAUUCUGAAGUACCACAUCGGGGAUGAAAUAUUGGUUAGUGGAGCAGUUGGUGCAGUUGUAAGAAUGAAGACCUUGCAGGGAGAUAAACUGGAAGUCAGCACUAAAAACCACAUCAUAAAUGUCAACAAGGAACCUGUGGCUGAAGCUGAUAUUAUGGCCACUAAUGGUGUGAUUUAUGCUGUGAAUACCGUUUUACAACCAUCAGCUUCCAGGCCUAAUGAAAGAAGUGAUGAGCCUGCCGAUCCAGCACUGGAAAUCUUCAAGCAAGCCUCUGCAUUAUCCAAGAUUUCCCACAGGAAUGUUCGAUUAGCUCCUGUGUAUUCCAGAUUGUUAGCCAGAAUGAAACACUAAAGCAACAGCCAUUCUGUAUAUGUAAAGCACAACCAAGGAUUCAACUAGCUUUUGCCAUUGGGUUGCUGAAAAGAAGGACUUUGUUUUCUACAAAACAACAACAACAACACCCACACAUACACACAUGCCACCAUGUAUUACACAAAGGUUAUGUUUUUUUCAACUGAAAUGAAGGAGAGAAAAUAAAAGCCAUAUAUAUUUAAACCAU